CUCAACCUUGGCAACUUUAAGAUGUGUGGACUUCAAAUUCUGGGAGCUGCAGUCCAUACAUCUUAAAGUUGCCAAAGUUGAAAAAUUCUGGCUUAUAGCAUUCAGUGGGUGUAAUCAAACCCAGCAGUACUCAGUUAGCAUUGUAAUUGGAAUCCACAUCUGGAGGACACCAGGUUGUGGGACACUGGCAUACUUCAAUCAUACGUGUGCUAGCUCACCAGGGCUAUUAAGUUAUCAUAAUUAAGACUGCAGUCUUAGGUAACAUAGCAUAGGACCAGUAACUCAAGAUUUUACAGGUUUUGUUUUUGUUUUGCCCAGCAUUUUCUCUUCUGGUUAACAAAUCUGAACAGAAAGCAAAAAGCUAGUGAGAUUUUAUAGCCUGAUCAACACCAAACCAAUAACGUGCACAAAUACAUGUUAGAUGGUCCUUCUAUUUUGACCCUGCAACUUACAUCUGUUCUACUAUAUCACUUCUAACCCAUAUAUUCCAGCUGGUAUUUAUGAGGUUAUGUUUUUCCUUUGAUACAGAAAGAUGUUUUGGAUUUCUCAAACACUUUAUUUCGUUGCGUUGUUUUCUUCUGUAUGUAGUGAGUGUAUGUCCGAGAUCUACAGAAACACAUAUAUCCAAGGGGGAGUCAUAUCUAAGGUUUAUACUCCAACUGCAGACUAUUGUCAGAUGGUGUGCACUUAUCAUCCAAGAUGUCUUUUGUUCUCCUACAUACCUGGAAGCUGGGCAAAAAAUACUGAAAGGUUUUCUUGCUUCCUGAAAGAAAUUGAUACUCAAGAAUUGCCAAAAGUACACAGGGAAGGAGUAAUCUCUGGUCAUUCUCAGAAGCAAUGCACUCGAAUUACUGCCUGCAGCAAAAAAGUAUAUGAAGGACUGGAUAUGCAAGGGAAAAAUUACAAUGUAACUACUGCCGACAAUUAUCAUAGCUGCCAACAGAGAUGCACCAACGAUAAGCACUGUUAUUUUUUUACAUAUACCUUAGAAUCAUUUUACAGUGCACCCCUGCGUAAUAAAUGCUACUUGAAAUAUAGCAGCACAGGAACCCCAACCCAAAUAAGGCAGCUUAGGGAUGUCGUUUCUGGAUUCUCAUUAAAACCAUGCCAACUUGCCCAAACAGAUUGUCAGAUGGACUUGUUUCAACACCUUGCAUUUUCUGGAAUUACUGUUGCAAAGGUUUUGACCCCUGACAAAUUUGUAUGUAGAACAGUCUGCACUUACCGUCCAAACUGUUUAUUCUUUACAUUUUUCAGCAGUAAAUGGGAGAUAAAAAGCCAAAGGUAUACCUGUCUGAUGAUGUAUUCAAGAAGUGGAACACCAGACAAAAUUGCAGAAAGAGCAAAUGCCAUAUCAGGAUUCAGUGUCCUGAACUGCCAAAGAGCUGAACCUGCAUGCCAUUCCCAGACCUACCCUGAAUUAAACUUCCGUGGGACAGAACUGAGUGUGGAAUAUGUCAGUGGGCACAAGGCUUGUCAACAACUUUGUACAAUGACCCUCCGCUGCCAAUUUUUUACUUACAUUUUCCGUAAAAUGCAAUGCAACCAUGAAGGCAAAUGUAAAUGCUACCUAAGAAUGUCUGCCAAUGGGUCUCCAGAUAGUAUCGAGGCUGAGAAUGAAAUAGUUUCAGGCUACUCUUUAAGACUGUGUCAAACUGGCAAAAGCCCUGUCUGCGUGCAGAAACCAAAUACACGGUCAAGGGUUGUUGGAGGCUCAAAUUCUUCAGUUGGCGAAUGGCCUUGGCAAGUCAGUUUACAUACUAAACUCUCUAUUCAGAGCCAUCAGUGUGGUGGUUCAGUCAUCAGUGACCAGUGGAUUUUGACAGCUGCCCAUUGCCUAGAAGACUUUCCAUUCACUGAACUUUGGCAUGUUUACAGCAGCAUUUUGAAACAGUCUGAAAUAACUAAUGAAACUACCUUCUUCAAAGUCCAAAAGAUGAUUGUUCAUCCUAGGUAUGAGCUUUCAGAGACAGGAUAUGACAUUGCUUUACUAAAACUUGACAGACCUAUGAAUUUCAGUGUUUUACAGCAACCUGCAUGCCUGCCCUCCCAGGAAGAAAUGAACAUGGAAUACACUGAAUGCUGGGUGACUGGAUGGGGUUACACAAAAGAAAGAGGGGCAAUCGAAGACAUGCUACAAAAAGUCAAAAUCCCCGUAAUACCAAAUGCAGAAUGUCAGUUGCAAUACCCAGAGCACAGAAUAAGUGACAAGAUGUUGUGCGCUGGCUACUCCGAAGGGGGCAAGGAUGCUUGCCAGGGAGACUCAGGUGGCCCAAUGUCAUGUAAAUUCCAGGACAGUUGGUAUUUGGUUGGCAUCACCAGCUGGGGUGAAGGAUGUGCUCGUCCAGGACAACCAGGUGUUUACACCAAUGUAGCUAAAUUUGUAGACUGGAUUCUGGAACAAACCUUAGAUGAUUAAAACAAAAAAAUACUACGGUCAAAUUAGGCAGAGUAUUCCUGCAUGCUACUAAUUUCAUUUGAGCUUGUUCAAAUGCCUAUUCCAUCCUGUUUCUGCAUUAUUUUGAAAUCCUGAAAAAUCUGCACAAAAUUUCAUUUUAAAUGCAUAUAUUUUGAAUAUACUUUAUCAGGAUACCACACUUCAGACCAUGCAAAUUCAUACAAAAACUAGAUUCCAUUUCAUUUAUUACUCCUGAAUGUAUGGAUCAAGGCAAUUCACAGUGGAAUUUACAAAGAUGGGAUUGUUAAAGUUUUUCAGUUUAUAUGGAAUAUACAUAACUGGACUAUUUCUGACCAACAGCUCUGGAGUUCUUCAAGAAAGAUCUUAGAAAUUUAGUCAAUAUCUUUAUUUUGAAUGAAUAUGACACACUAUAUGCAAUGACACAAUAAAAAUAAUACAUUAUAAUUAUGUUUUGAACUGGCAUUUUUUCCCUAACAUGAAUACAUUGAAGCUGAUCAAUGUGUUUAUUAAUUGUAGGCAUAAUAGAAAGUAUGUUUAAAUCAUAAUAGUCGGUGGCACCUGAAUGCUAUAUAUAGUAUCCGGUUACACUUAUACGCCCAACUUGAUCCUGCGUAGAGUUAUGGGUUUGUUCCCCUGAACUUAUUGAGACUUGUUUGGAAGUAAACAUUUUAAAAUCAGACCCCAAACUGGAGUGGCUUUAAUUGAAUUAGUGUAAUGGUAUGUAGGAAUUGUUUGGUAUAUUGUUUUCUGCUACAGAAAUUAAUGUUACCAUGGUAAUUGAGUACUUCCUUAAGUAUCGGCAGGGUGAAAAGGGCGAAAUUAAUUGUCCUCAAUUUGGGUGUUAAAAGCUGCAUUGCCUGGGGGACGAACCUUGCCUGGACUUGUUUUAGUUUCAGUUUCCUUCUUUCUACACAGCCUCCUCCUGUCCUCUCUGAGUGCAUGUGUGAAUGCACAGCUUGUCAAAUAUGUUUUUCUGCUUUCUGUAAAUACAUUUAUUUUUAUAGAAAUGCCCGGUGUGUGAUUUUUCUGAUCUCUCGGGCCAAACGCUUUCCAGCAUUCUGCCACAGGAAUGACUUUCGGAGACAGAAGGAAGAGCCGCAGCCUAGACAAUGGUCUGAUAAAUGAAAUCUGAGUGAGAAGAUGGGGUGGGGUAGAGAAAGCAUCUCAGAAGGGACCCUUCCUAGUUUUUGGGAGAGUAAAAGUAAGGAAGGGGAGACUUGCAAGAUUCUGUUACUGUAACCUCACAAUAAAGAUAGUGUUAGUACUCAUGUACUUGGUGCUUCUUGUGUGGACUACCUCAAAGGGCUGACAUCAAUCUUGGACCAGAUGAUUUACCAGGUUUCUUCAGAAGUAAAUGUCUAGAACUUGACAUUUGUUUCUGUUACCUUUUAUUUUCUGCCUUUCUUCAGUUUUGACAUAUCACCAGACAGUUUCUUUUGCUUUUGUAUUUUGGGAUAUUUUUGUUUGUCUCAUGUUUAAUAAGGUUGUGAAUUUCAGUUCUUCAGGCACCACAUUUGUCAAAUGAAAUCCCUGAAAUCUAUCUUUGAUUUUCAUCAGAUUAUCACAUGGAAUAUGGCUUGGAUUGUAUCUGAUUAUUUUGUUUGCUUUUUUAAUUGGCAAAAAGUUCAUGAUCUGAGCCCCAGUGAAAUGAAAUGAAAGACUUUACUGUGGUCUUUAACUGGCACAAUGGCCUCAAUCAGUAUCAAGCUUGUUAAUGAAUGCAUAGAGCAUCUCAAUCUUUGCUUGUGGAGCAUACAGCCUAUUUGAUUCCUUUGUUAUCUAUCCAACACAGAAACAUCAAUGUUGUCUUUAUGUUCAGUCAUCUUUCAAUUUGUUGGAAGGAGAUAUUUCCUGUAAACAUUGACUUUUCUUGGCAGAAUCCUAGUAGUCUGUCUCUUGCUUCAUUUCAUACCUUAAGGCCAAAUUUUCCCAUUAUCCAGAUGCUAUCUUACUUCUCACUGUAGCAUUCCAGUUGCUUCUGAAUGUGAUGUUUUAGGCGAAGAGGAAGUCUUGUAUCAAGGUACUGCAAGUCAUCACAGAACUGUUCAACUUUCACUUUUUCUGCAUCUGUGGUUGAACUAAUUACAAAGGUUAAUGGAUAUGGGAUGGUAAACAGGCAAUGUUUUGGGCUGCGUAGUUUUUUUUAAAGGUAAUAUACAACAUCUUUUCUAGAAACAAUUGAAAUUAGGACCUGCAUAUCGUUAAGAAUUAAGUGCAUAUGAGAGAAGUAACUUUUUUUCAGAGCUGUGAUUAAUGUUAAUUGUUUAACAACAUGCUCACAGCUGCAGCAAAAGUAGUGCUACUCACUGUGCAUUUGGGAUAAAAAAAAUGCUGUUAGAUGAAGCAUUUACUCCACAAAUUUUCAUCCGCUUAAAGGGCUAUUAAUAAAUUCCUCAUGCAUGCAGUGCUUGGAAAGAACAAAUAAAUUACAGAGAAAACUUUACAGUUUGAAAGCAUAUGGUAGAUGUGAUCUUAAAGCAUAGAUAUUAUAAUGAUUGGUUGCUUUUAUAAUCAACUUACUCUAGGAUAAUGCCAUGCAGAAAAAUUCUUUUUUUCUCCUAAUAGUUCUUAUUCAGUUGGAUGAAAAAAAUAUGCUUUUAACUUUUCUUUCAUUUGAGAAGUGAAUUUCAGUGAACUUGUCACUGUGGGAGGGUGGUGUUCUGGAAAAGUAUUCAUGAUUUAUACUUUUGUCACCAGCUAGACAGGCAUGCAUGCAGUGCAGGACAGUAAUAUUCACUAACACUCUAAUUAUUUUCUCCUUGCUGCCUCCCAAAUUUGUACUUUCUGUGUGAUCUUAUUUUAUCUCUCCUCUUUAUCUCAUUUUCUUCUUAAAGGAAUAAUAAUGUAAUUAGACAAUUUUAGAAUCUGCAUCUAAUAAUCUUAUGGAAGGCCUUUUCCUUAAGCACAGAUGAACUACUUUUAAUGUAGGAAGCUAGGAUUGUUUGGUGUUGCCCCCUCCUAUUAACAGUGUGCAGUGGGGUCCCAGCUGUUUGCCCAAAGUCUUGCUCCAAUAUCAAAUUAGCUUGUUUAGAGGUGGACAAAGAUGCACCUGAACGUAUUCAGCCUUGGAUUUCGUUUGGCUAACCUGACCAUAUGUUAACAAAGUACAAGUAUUCUUUAGAAAGUUUAUAUCCAUGCAAUCUAGGCAGUGUUGGAAGAAUAAUUUGGUCAUAGAGAAACCAAUGGCUAGCUGAAUCACAGAGAAACAGAAUAUAACUUCUUUGCUGGCUUGCCCAACAAAUAACUUUUGUAUUCAUGAUGGAUAUUGAGCUUAAUGAACUAUGUGAUGAAUACUCAGGCUAAGUACAUACAGUUCAUCUGAAUGCAGUUUGCAUGGAAAUACAACAUCAUGCUAGAGUGGACUAGAACAAUGAUGUGCCAAAGAUGAAGAGAAGAUCAAAGUAUGACUGAUGGAUGAAUGUACUAACAGCCAGCCAGGAUAUGAACUUCCAUGAUCAAGAAUGGCCCGAGGACAACUAGAUGCCUUCUGAAAUUGUCUUUUAAAUUGUACCAUUAUUCUAUUACAAGAUAGCUAGCCAGAGACCAAUGCUCUUAGGCUAUAAAGUAGGAGACAAAGAGGACUUCGUGGACUAAGCUAUGUCUGUGUGUAGCAUGUAAAGAUAUGCUAUUUUGUUUGCUGUUUCUGUCAUUAUCUUUUCCACACUUGGAUAUUUUUAUGGACUCAAGGGGCUACAAGACAACUUUUGGUCUCUACUUGACUGCUAAUUUAAAUAACCUCUUUGCUUGUAUUAGCUGAAAACUUGUGUUGUCCAGGGACAUGUUCCUCUAAAUAGUUGUGCUGAAACUGAGAAAUGUACUGAAGGGACAACUGUACUCAAACAGUGAUUCAAUAAAUCUAGGCAAUUGUUGUAUUGUG